UUCUUCUGUGAUGUGAGACCCCUGCUGAAGCUGGCCUGCAUGGACACCACGGUCAAUGAGAUCAUCAAUUUUGUUGUCAGCGUGUGUGUUCUUAUUCUACCAAUGGUCGUGGUCUUCAUCUCCUAUGUUGUGAUCAUCUCCACUAUUCUUAAGAUUGCUUCAGCUGAAGGUCGGAAGAAGGCCUUUGCUACCUGUGCCUCCCACCUCACGGUGGUCAUCAUCCACUAUGGCUGCACUGCAAUCAUCUACUUGAAACCUAAGUCCCAGAGCUUGCUGGGGCAGGAAAGGCUCAUCUCAGUGACCUACACACUUAUCACCCCUCUACUGAACCCUUUGGUAUACACUCUGCGGAAUAAGGAGGUCAAAGAUGCCCUACGCAGAGCCAUGUGGAAGAAGCCACUUUCCUCUUAA